AUGGCUACCAAUAUCAUCAUCGUAAAUAUCGAACCGGCUAAAGAAAGGCUGGAGAGUCUUUUACAAGAAAUGAGAACGAUGAAACUAACCCUUCUGGGUCGAAAUUUAAUAACGGAGCAAAGACAAGAAGAAUAUGAAAACAGCAAACAAGUGGUAAAAGGUUACGAUAUAACGCCAGAAACCUACGAAGUAAGUAGAAGACUACUAAUGGAAAAAUGUAGCGAAUUAUCGACCAUAACAAAACUUUUAUAUAACGAUAUUGAAACUGCAAUCGAGAGGAGAUUACCACGAUGGAUAUUAGAUAAAGUACAUCAUCAAAGGAAUACAGAUAUACUUUGGUCAGUUUCGAGACUUGGAAAUUUCCUUGGGAACUUGCUUGAUGUAAAUGAACGGUCGUUAUCAUUGGGACUAUCCUACAACAAACCUUUUAAGGCAGUGAAUGUUUUGUUUUAA